UUAGCCUUGUGCCUCUCAUGGUUUUGCUGGGCCAUCUUUCAGAGGGUGAGGAGCAGUGGCCAGGUGUUGGACAAGAUGGCAAGAAAAAAGUUUACCAGGCUGGAGAUUAUUCUCAGUGUCCUUUUGUUGGUCAUGUUCAUCAUCUGCAUUCCUCUGAUUGUGCUUUUAGCCCAAAAGUCUUCAGAAUCAACAGCCCCAGAUCCUGGAACCAGUGUCCCUCCUGACUCUGCAGCGUGCCCCGUGAUAAAAGAAUCGGAACGGAUCAACUGUAUCCCUGACCAGACACCAACGAAGACCCUGUGUGACCAGCGAAGCUGCUGCUGGGAGACUCAGGGAAGCUUCAACGUGCCCAGGUGCUACUACUCCAAGAGUUACGGCUAUCAAGUGGAGGGCAGUGUGGCAAACACGCCAGCAGGGUUCACAGCUCAGCUGAGGAAGCUGCCCUCGCCAUCCGCAUUCGGAAGCAGCGUCCAGAACGUCCUCCUCACAGCGGAAUACCAGACCUCCAACCGAUUCCACUUUAAGUUAACUGACAAGGACAAGAGCAGGUACCAAGUGCCCCAUGAGCACGUGAAACCCUUUGAAGGGGACGCCGCUGCUUCCUUGACCUACCGAGCAGAGGUCUCCACACAGCCCUUCAGCAUCAAGGUGAUCCGGCUGAGUAACAACAGAGUGCUGUUUGACUCCAGCAUCGGGCCCCUCGUCUUUGAUGACCAGUUCCUGCAGCUCUCCAUCCGCCUGCCCAGUGCCAAUGUGUACGGGCUGGGGGAGCAUGUGCAUCAGCAGUACCGCCACAACAUGAACUGGAAGACCUGGCCCAUCUUUACCAGGGACACAACUCCCAAUGGGGACGGAACAAACCUGUAUGGCGCCCAGACGUUCUUCCUGUGCCUGGAAGAUGCCAGUGGCCUGUCGUUCGGGGUGUUUCUGAUGAACAGCAACGCCAUGGAUGUCAUCCUCCAGCCUGCCCCUGCAGUCACCUACCGCACCAUCGGGGGGAUUCUCGACUUCUACGUGUUCUUGGGCAGCACUCCAGAGCAAGUUGUUCAAGAGUAUCUAGAGCUGAUCGGUCGACCGGUCUUGCCCUCGUACUGGGCUCUUGGGUUUCAGCUCAGUCGAUAUGACUAUGGGACCCUGGACAACAUGAAGCAAGUGGUGGAGCGGAACCGGGCAGCCGGGCUCCCUUAUGAUGUGCAGCAUGCUGAUAUUGAUUACAUGGACCGGAGGAGGGACUUCACCUAUGACCCAGUCCACUACAAAGGCUUCCCUGAAUUUGCUAAGGAGCUACACAGGAAUGAACAGAAGUUGGUCAUCAUUGCCGACCCAGCCAUCGCCAACAACUCUUCCGCCAGCGACCCCUACGACACCUAUGCCAGGGGCUCGGCUAUGAAGAUCUGGGUGAAUACUUCGGAUGGAGUGACUCCACUCAUUGGGGAGGUCUGGCCAGGGAGAACUGUGUUUCCGGAUUACACCAAUCCCCAAUGUGCUGUCUGGUGGACAAAGGAAUUUGAGCUUUUCCACAAUCAAGUGGAGUUUGAUGGAAUAUGGAUUGACAUGAAUGAAGUUGCCAGCUUCGUGGAUGGUUCCAUUUCAGGAUGUUCCAGGAACCAUCUGAAUAACCCCCCGUUCACGCCCCAUAUCCUGGAUGGGUUCCUGUACCGCAUGACCCUCUGCCUGGACGCUGUGCAGGAGUGGGGCAAGCAGUAUGAUGUCCACAACCUGUACGGCUACUCGAUGGCGAUCGCCACCAAUGAAGCUGUCAAGAGCGUCUUCCCCAAUAAGAGGAGCUUUCUCAUUACCCGCUCCACUUUCGCUGGCUCUGGGAAGUUUGCUGCCCAUUGGCUGGGGGACAACGCAGCCACCUGGGAGGACCUUCGGUGGUCCAUCCCUGGCAUGCUUGAGUUCAACCUCUUCGGUAUCCCCAUGGUGGGCGCAGACAUCUGUGGCUUUGCUAUGAACGUGACCGAGGAGCUGUGCACAAGGUGGAUGCAGCUGGGGGCUUUCUACCCAUUCGCCCGGAAUCACAAUGGCCAAGGCUACAAGGACCAGGACCCUGCCUCCUUUGGUACUGACUCCCUGCUGCUGAAGUCCUCCCGGCAUUACCUGAACAUCCGCUACACCCUGCUGCCCUACCUGUACACGCUUUUCUACCGCGCCCACACCCGAGGAGACACGGUGGCCCGGCCCCUGCUGCAUGAGAUCCUGCUCCUCAGGACCAGCCAGCUAGGGCACCUGCAGGCAGGUGCCCUACAAACUCAGGCGUACAUGCCCGAUGCCGUCUGGUACCACUACGAGACCGGGGCACGGGCGACGUGGAGGAAGCAGCAGGUCGUCAUGGAGUUGCCUAGAGACAAAAUCGGGCUUCACCUGCGAGGAGGCUUCAUCUUCCCCAUACAGCAGCCCAGCACCACCACUGCGGCCAGUCGACGGAACCCUCUUGGCCUGAUCAUUGCCCUUGAUGACAACCAAGAAGCCAAAGGGGAGCUUUUCUGGGAUGACGGGGAGACCACAGAUACAGUGACUGGUAGCAAGUACCUCUUCUGUGAGUUCUCCGUUUCCCAGAACCAGUUGGCUGUGAAGAUUGUGCAAUCGAACUACAAAGACCCCAAUAAUUUAGCAUUUAAGGAGAUUAAAAUCCUUGGGACCAAGGAACCUACCAACAUUGUGGUGAAACAGAACAACAUCCCAACUCAGGCUUCUCCUAAAGUCACCUAUGACACUGUCCUCCAGGUCGCCACCAUCACGGAGCUUUCCCUUGUUCUGGGGGAAGCAUACACCGUGGAGUGGAAUGUGGAUCGUAUAAAUGACUCAGAGAAAAUCAACUGCUACCCGGAUGAGCACGGUGUUUCUGCAGAGAACUGUGUGGCGCGUGGCUGCGUCUGGGAGGAGUCUACCACGACCGGAGUCCCCUUCUGCUAUUUUGUCAACGAGCUGUACUCUGUUGGUAACAUUCAGUACAGUGCUCUCGGGGUCACCGCCGACAUCUCCUUGAAGGAUGCUCACCAUGCCAACGCCUUCCCUUCCACCCCCGUGGCCUCCCUCCGCCUGGCUGUCACCUACCACAAGAAUGACAUGCUGCAGUUUAAGAUUUAUGAUCCCAACAACAGACGUUAUGAAGUCCCAGUGCCUCUCAACAUACCUGCCGCGCCGUCCAGCACCCCUAGCGACCGGCUGUAUGACGUCCGCAUUAAGGAGAACCCCUUUGGGAUCGAAAUCACCCGGAAGAGUACCGGCAACAUCAUUUGGGACUCUCAGCUCCUCGGCUUCACCUUCAACGACAUGUUCAUCCGCAUCUCCACCCGCCUGCCCUCCCCAUACCUGUAUGGCUUUGGGGAGAAUGAGCACCGGUUCUUUUUGAGAGAGCUCAACUGGCACACGUGGGGCAUGUUCUCCCGGGACCAGCCUCCGGGGUACAAGAUGAACUCCUACAGUGUGCACCCCUACUACAUGGCGCUGGAGGCGGACGACAGUGCCCACGGGGUGCUCCUGCUCAACAGCAAUGCCAUGGAUGUGACGUUCCAGCCCUUGCCUGCCUUGACAUACCGUACCAUAGGAGGAAUUCUGGACUUCUAUGUGGUCCUGGGACCCACUCCAGAACUUGUCACUCAGCAGUACACAGAGCUGAUCGGCCGGCCUGUGAUGGUGCCUUACUGGUCCUUGGGAUUUCAGCUCUGCCGCUAUGGAUACGCGAAUGACUCAGAGAUUGCCAGCCUCUACGACGCAAUGGUGGCCGCCCAGAUCCCCUACGAUGUGCAGUACUCCGACAUCGACUACAUGGAGCGCCAGCUGGACUUCACCCUCAGCCCCAAGUUUGCUGGCUUUCCUGCUCUGAUCACACGCAUGAAGCAGGCGGGGAUGCGGGUCAUCCUUAUUCUGGACCCAGCCAUUUCUGGCAACGAGACCCAAGACUACCUUGCGUUCACAAGGGGCGUGGCAGAGAACGUGUUCAUCAAGGAACCCAACGGUGGCAACAUUGUCUGGGGAAAGGUCUGGCCCGAUCUCCCAGGGGUUGUGAUCAACAGCUCUCUGGACUGGGACACCCAAGUGGAGCUGUACCGAGCUCAUGUGGCCUUUCCAGACUUUUUCCGAAAUUCAGCUAUCACGUGGUGGAAGAGGGAGUUGAGAGAAAUGCACUCCAACCCCCGGGAUCCGGACAAAAGCUUGAAAUACGACGGCAUGUGGAUUGACAUGAAUGAGCCCGCGAGCUUUGUGAAUGGGGCUGUCCCCCCAGGCUGUAAGGAUCCCACCCUCAAUCGCCCACCCUACAUGCCAGUUCUGGAGUCCAGGGACCGGGGCCUGAGCAGCAAGACCCUGUGCAUGGAUGGCGAGCAGGUGCUGGCUGACGGCUCCGUGGUGCGGCACUAUGACGUCCACAGCCUGUACGGCUGGGCCCAGACCAGGCCCACCUACGAAGCUGUGCAGGAGGUGACAGGAGAGCGAGGCAUCGUCGUCACACGCUCCACCUUCCCCUCCUCGGGCCGCUGGGCAGGACACUGGCUGGGAGACAACACAGCCGCGUGGGACCAGCUGAGGAAAUCCAUCAUUGGCAUGAUGGAGUUCAGCCUCUUUGGCAUCUCCUAUACGGGAGCAGACAUCUGCGGCUUCUUCAGGGAUGCGGAGUAUGAGAUGUGUGUCCGCUGGAUGCAGCUGGGGGCCUUCUACCCCUAUGCCAGGAACCACAACACCAUCGGGACCAGGAGACAAGACCCCGUGUCCUGGAACUCCACCUUUGAGGACAUUUCCAGAAACAUCCUCCACAUCAGAUACACCCUGCUGCCCUACCUCUACACGCUGAUGCACAAGGCCCACGCCGAGGGCAGCACCGUGGUCCGGCCCCUCUUGCAUGAGUUUGUGUCCGAUAAGAAUACUCGGGAUAUAGACACCCAGUUCCUGCUGGGCCCUGCCUUCCUGGUCAGCCCUGUCCUGGAGUCUAAUGCGAGGAGCGUCUCUGCCUAUUUCCCCAGAGCCCGCUGGUACGACUACUACACGGGUGUGGACAUUAAUGCACGGGGAGUGUGGAAGGUACUGCCGGCCCCCCUGGACCACAUUAAUCUCCAUGUGCGUGGGGGCUACAUCCUGCCCUGGCAGGAGCCCGCACAGAACACCCGCUUGAGCCGCCAGAAGUUCAUGGGCAUCAAGGUGGCCUUGGAUGAGAAUGGCGCUGCGGAGGGCUGCCUCUUCUGGGACGACGGCACCAGCAUUGAUACCUAUGAGAAAGGGCUCUAUUACUUGGCCAACUUCUCAGCCAGCCAGAAUACUGUCCAGAGUCGCAUCGUCCACAAUAACUACAUCGCAGCAACAAAUGCUUUGAAACUGGGAUACGCUGAGAUCUGGGGGCUGGGCAGUCUUACUGUCAUCACCAGUGUCCGCGUCUCUCUGAGUGACAAAGAUAUCACACCGCACUUCACCUACAACUCGAUAGCACAGGUGCUAACUGUGAACAUGACCAGCAAUGAUGUCAACCUCCAUCAGUUCGAGUCGUUGACCUGGACAGGCACUCUGUGAACGUAAAGAGCAGGAGGCUGACUUGACAGUCGACCACUCUGAAGUCACCUAGGCUCCAUGAUCAUAAUUAGUUCAUGCCCCUUUUGGGUAGAUGAUGUCAUUGCUUUUAAUAUGUGUUCUAUCUGGGAAUCCCAACUGUUGACCCCUCCUCCUACA